AUAAGAAAAUGGUCACUUCAAGCCUCCAGUGAGAGGAUAAAGGUCGUCUGUCCGUAAAUGUUACUAUGUAACUGAAGUUCAAGGAAAAAACCAGGAUUCUAAUGAGAUAAUUUUAUAAUUAUCUCAAAUUUAUUGAUUAAUUUCGUAGAUAUUUAGCAAUAAUAAUGAAGAUUUGGACUUCAGAACACACUUUCAACCAUCCGUGGGAGACGGUUGCUCAAGCAGCAUGGCGAAAAUAUCCUAACCCCAUGAAUCCUGCAGUUAUUGGAACAGAUGUAAUUGAAAGGAAGGUUGUCGACGGGGUUUUAGUCACACACAGACUUGUCAGUUCAAAGUGGUAUUUUCCUCGAUGGGCACAAGCAUUGAUUGGAACAGCGAAAAUAUGCUAUGCGAGCGAAAAAUCAGAAGUCAACCCAAAUGAACGACAGAUGACUCUUAAAACUACAAACUUGACAUUUUGCCGAUACAUAGCUGUGGAUGAAACAGUACGGUACACUCCACACCCCUCUGAUACAACCAAAACUCUACUGACUCAAGAGGCUGUAGUUACAGUACAAGGUGUCCCACUGAGUAGCUACAUGGAAGAUUUAUUAGCAAACAAAAUAUCAUUGAAUGCUGGUAAAGGAAGACAAGCAAUAGAAUGGGUCAUAGGGAAAAUAGACUCAGAAAUUAAGGAGCUUGCUAGCACAGCAUGUAAAAGUACAGAUGAGCUAUUAUCACAAACAAAGAAAUCACUUGACGACAUUACUUCAACUGCAAGGCGAUCAAUGGAUGAUAUAUCAACGAAGGCAAAGAGGUCACUUGAUGAUAUAGAAAAAUUCACAAAAGCCAAUGCAAACCAAAGGAGCUGAAAAGAGGAGUGAUUAAGCUGUUGUGGUACACAACUCAUGCAACAUGCACUAAAAUAUGUCUCAUUAUGACUAUUAGUUAAUUUAUGUAUUGAUGUAACUUUGUAAUUUAUUUAUUUUUUAAUAGUCUUAAUAGCAUACUUUUAUUGGCAAUUGAAUGCUUAAUAGCAUGCCCACUAAAGUGAAUACUGAUAAAGGCACAGAUAUCUAAAGAUUUUUUUGCGACUAAGAAAAAUGAUUAUGUUAUCAGCUUUAUUGCUAUCUGAAGAUUGAUGAUAUAUUAUGUUGACAUUUUUCAAUGUGCAAAAAGUAACUUCAUGUAGAUUUAACAUAGGUACCUGCUUAAUGUAUUUGGUUUUCAAGUAGUAAAACUUGCUUUGGGAAAGAUAAAUUACCUCAUAUGACAAACAGUACUGGUAUUUGAUGCUUUGUGUUGUGGCAUAGCUGUUUGCAAUAUUUGCAUCAUACAUUGUGGAACAAUCAUUUUUGUACAUUUUUAAGUUAGUAUUAAUUUAAGGAUUGUAUAAAGUUGCCACAUGAUUCUUACACAAUAUGAGGAACAAUUUUAAAAUCACUUUGUGUUGUAUUCUUUUGACUGUGACUUAUAAUGAAAGUAUUAGAUGUUGAAUGUAAUUGUGAUUAGAAAUUCUAUUAACUUUAUGGUGUAAAAUUCAUGGUUUAAAUUUAUGACAAGUUUUUGUGAUAAAAGGUAAUUUAUGCAAGAUAGAAAUCAAGUUGGCAAGUAUCAUUUAACAUUCAAUUCAAUGCCAAGAAUUAUAGCAGAGAAGACUGAUACAAUUUAUAAGUUUGAUAAUCAAUGGUGUAUGUACAAUGCAAAACACAACUGGAUGCAGCUAUCCAUUUGGUCAUCAAUGAGCAGUGGCAAAAUGUGCAUUCCAAAAUAUUGUUGCUAUAUUGUGAUGAGUUGAAUCUGCCCUCACUGGUGAUCAAAAAGAUCUAAAGCUGAACUACUUUCCACCAUUUUUUAUUCACCCUGUACAUAAAGUGGUGAUGUUGCAAUUAAUUGAUUAAUCUCAAAUGUUUUUCAAUUGUAUUUGUCAAUGGGUAAUAAUAAUAAUGUUGUUAAAUUGAAUAAAUUUAUAUAUUUACUCUUUUCCAUAUAUGAUUCCAAGAACUCUUGGUAUUGAAUUAAAAACUCAUUUUCAGCAUCCAA